AAGAGAUGCCCAUGAACAUACAAGAAGCCUUGUUUCUGCUGAGAAUCAGAAGUAGACUCAAGCCAAGAGCACACCCGAGGGCUAUUCCUCUCCAGAGCAGUGAGUGCAUCACUGGACACAGGAUUUCCUGUGCCUUUAUUGCUUGAAGUCAUGGGUCAGCUGUUCUCUUCUCCUCAGAGUGAGCACCAAGAAUUGGCCUCCAGCUUUACUGAAUAUUUUAAGAAAUUUAAGACGGGAAGCAAAAUCAUUUCUCAAGAGAUCCUCAAUUUGAUUGAAUUAAGGAUGAGAAAGGGGAACUUUAAGGGGGCAAUCUCUGCAAUCAAUGAUGCAUUAAAAGAAAUCGAUAGUACCUCGCUCAAUGAGGCUGUCACCAGGGAGACUGGAGCAGGGAAGUCCAGCUUCAUCAAUACCCUGAGAGGCAUUGGGAAUGAAAAGAAAGGUGCAGCUCAAACUGGGGUGAACGAGGAAACGAUGGAAAGACAACCAUACAAACACCCCAAUAUGCCUAAUGUGGUUUUUUGGGACCUGCCUAGGAUUGGAAGCACAAGGUUCCCACCAAACACAUACCUGGAGAAAAUGAAGUUCUAUGAAUAUGAUUUCUUCAUUAUUAUUUCNGCCACACGCUUCAAGAAAAAUGAUAUAGACCUCGCCAAGGCAAUUAGCAUGAUGAAGAAGGAAUUCUACUUCGUGAGAACCAAGGUGGACUAUGACAUAACAAUCGAAGCAGAUGGCAAACCUCAAACCUUUGACAGAGAAAAGGUCCUGCAGGACAUCUGCCUUAACUGUGUGAACACCUUUAGGGAGAACGGCAUUGCUGAGCCACCGAUCUUUCUGGUCUCUAACAAAAAUGUUUGUCACUUUGACUUCCCUGUCCUGAUGGACAAGCUGAUAAGUGACCUCCCUGUCUACAAGAGACACAAUUUUAUGCUCUCCUUACCCAAUAUCACAGAUUCAGUCAUUGAAAAGAAGCGGCAAUCUCUGAAGCAGAGGAUUUGGCUGGAAGGCUUUGCUGCUGACCUAAUGACUAUCAUCCCUUCUCUGACCUUUCUCUUGGACAGUGAUUUGGAGACUCUGGAGAAAAGCAUGAAGUUCUACUGCACUGUGUUUGGAGUGGAUGAAGCAUCUUUGCAGAGAUUAGCAAGAGACUGGAAAAUAGAGGUGGAUCAGGUGGAGGCCAUGAUAAAAUCUCCUGCCGUGUUCAAACCUACAGAUGAAGAAACAAUACAAGAAAGGCUUUCAAGAUAUAUUCAGGAGUUCUGUUUGGCUAACGGUUACUUAGUUACUUAAAAUCAUUUUCUUAAAGAAAUAUUUUACCUGAAAUAUUAUUUCCUUAACAUGGUGCUGGAUGACGCUAAAACUCCUCUUAAAGAGAUAUAUUUAAGAAACAAGUUGCCUUCUAAUUAAGCUGAAGUCCUGUGACAGUCAAAAAAAUAGAAUCAGUUAAAGAAAAAAAGGACACUGAUACUGUAAAACAAUAUACUGGGUUUAUCUAGGUUAUUCAGGCUUUAUCCACAUUUAGUGAUUGUGUAUCGACAUUAGCUAAAGCAAGGGGAUCAGAUAUGUAUAAAUAAACUGAUAGCUAAAAACUAUCCCCUCACUUUGAGUAAACUCUCAGAUCAAGUAA